AUGACCGAUGGCAUGCACCGGGUAGUUUACAUAAAUGCAGCUCAUUUUCUUGCUAGAUAUAAAAUACAACAUGACAAUCGAUUACAGUCAUUGUUAGUAUUAGAUCUGUUUAGUGUAAUCUUGCACGAAUUUAUGCACACAAUGUUAAGAUUAAUAUUGAAUGAUAUGAAUAUUAGUACACCAGUGGAUUUUCGUGAAGCAGGAAUAUCUGAAUCUGGGACAGAAAUAGAAUAUCAAUUAUUUGGUUUUUGUCCAGAUUGGUUGACAUGUUAUGAAAUGAAAGCUCUUGCUGACAGUGAUAUAAACAUAAUAUUGACAUCGUUAUGCGACAAUCAACCGAUCAAACUACCGAUUGACUGUAAAAACUAUGCUAGAAGAUCAACAAAAAUGGCGUUAGAUAUAACAUCACUUACAUUCAAUAAACCAUUUGAAAUUUAA